AUGAUGAAUCAAGUCAUCGUGUCUGACUUGAACCGAACGCCCAUUGUCCAGAUCAUCACUUGGUUCACCCUUGCAACUAGUCUCCUCGCCUUCUUUACACACGCUGCAAUAAAGUUCUACGUCUUUAGGUCGUUGACUACCGAGUCAUGGUUCGUACUUGUAUCCUUGAGUGAAUAUUCCGCAAUGAUCCUGCUCAUCGUGUCCCUUGGCUUCUCCAAGCUUGCCGUCGUGGCAUUUGUCCACCACCUGACCCCCUCAACCUUUCACCGCAAAAUAAAUUUCGGUAUCCUAGCCAUUUCGACCUGGUGGAACGCUGUGUCAAUAUGCAACAUUGUCACGGAACUCGCAAUUGUAGCGAUAGAACUCGGCAUAACGGCGCAACUUCACGUCAAACGACAACGCAAAGUAACGGUCAUGACCUUGUUCUCAUGCAGAUUGCUAGUACUUGUCGCGGCUGCCAUCCAGCUCGGAUUCUUCAACCAAGAAACCCAAGACGUUGCACUGAGAGAAGAUCUCACACUCGGCUACUGGCGAUCCUCCAUCUGCAACCAGAUAACGACUUGCGUCGGCGGGGAGAACACACAACCAAGGAAGAUAGCAAAGGAUACCAAUUGA